AUGAAUUUUGAAUUUGAGAGGGAGAUAGGCUUCAUAAACAGCCAGCCAUCGCUAGCGGAGUGUCUGACGUCCCUUCCCGCUGUCCUGGAGACAUUUCAAACUUCAUCAAUCAAGGAACCACCGACGUUAAUUCCUCCUCCUUUGGAACCAACCCUCCUCGGCUUGGAUCCUUGUUCCAGCAGCCAGCCCACGCCAAGGAGCCAAAAGAGACCAAGACAUGGGCAGGCCCAGAAACCCACGCUCCAGCCUGCUUCUCUGGCUGGAGAAUUCCCCUGGAUGAAGGAGAAGAAAUCCUUUAAGAAAGCCGGCCAGAUCCCUGCCUCAUCUUCACCCCCUUCCUCCUCCUCCUCCUCCUUGCCAGGAUCUGCCGCCGGUUCUCCUGCAGACGUCCAGGGCAUUUUGGACCACAGUGGCAGCGGCUCUCGGCGGCUGAGGACCGCUUACACCAACACUCAACUUCUCGAGCUGGAGAAGGAGUUCCAUUUCAACAAAUACCUCUGCAGACCCCGGCGGGUGGAAAUCGCCGCUUUGCUGGACCUGACGGAGAGGCAAGUGAAGGUCUGGUUCCAGAACCGAAGGAUGAAGCACAAGCGGCAAACGCAGCACAAGGAAAUCCCCGAGGGGGAGGCCAGCUUGGACCAAGGAGGCGAAGAGGAGGAGGACGAGGACGAGGAGGACGAGGACGAGGAGGUGGGAAGCUCCCCGUUUGGAGACGCCCUGGAGAUCCCUUGUCUUUACCCGGCCAGCAGCAGAGAGCCGCCGAAGGCCCCCGCUGGUUACUUGACACCCGCAGAGGAGAGCCCCCCCGACGGCGAGCCAAAUGGGACAGCUGGCGCCCGCUCUUCCUCCUCGUCGUCGUCGUCCUCCUCCUCCUCCUCGGACAAUGCCUUCCCGGAGAGCCAGAAGUCUCCUUUGUUGCCCCCAGAUCUGAACAUCUUCUCGGUGGACUCCUGCCCACAGACCUCGGGAGCGCUUUCUCCCAGCCUCCAGGGGUUCUUAGACAGCCCUGUCAGCUUCUCCGUGGAGGACUUGGACUUCUUUACCAGCACGCUUGGGUCUCUCGAUCUGCCUCAUUUGAAUUUCCAGUAAACACGCAACGACCUUUUCCUAUCUGCCUUGGGUGAUGUGCCCCUAUAAACAACGCACAAGCAUUCACACCGACAGCUAGCAGCCCCCUACCCCCACCGCACCCCACCCCAGCCAUUUAGGCCAAGAGCACCCCCCUUCAAACACCUUCCCCCUUCACCCCAUCGAGAACAGAUUUCAUUCGAAAGAGGGUGUGUGUGUAUGUGUGUGUUUAGUGGACCCAUCCCUUAAAAAUAUUUCUGUCACUUUUUAAAAAGGCAUCUAUGCUUUGAUUGCAUUCAGGUAUUUUCACCUCCAUGUCUUUUUAUUCAAAAGUGGGGUGGGGGAGGCACGCUGUUGCCAAGGUGUUAAAGAUGCAAAACAUUGUGUAAGGAAAUACAGGCUGGACUUUUUAAUAUCUUUACAGCCAAGGUUGUUUCUUCCCCCUCCCCCGCCCAUUCCCACCGAACAUACAGCCGAAAUUAUCAACGCAAGAAAGAAACGUCUGUCAGUUUUUAAAAAGUGAAUUUCUCAGGAAGCCAAACAAAAUGUUUAGAUUUCUUAAUUUAAACAGAAAAUAGAAAGAAGGAAGAAUUUUUAAAAAACAAUAACAACACCGGAGGUUUUGCCCCUUCCUUUAAUGUUUUAGAGGUAGAUUAUUUAUUCAAAUACUUUAAUAGUAAAAUGCAAAU